CCGCUGCCGGGCGGCCCCGGGCGCUCCCGGUCAGAGGCGGGAGCGGCGCCACCGCCCCUCACCCCGCAGGGCCUGGGGCUGCCGCUCCCAGGGGCUGCCCUUGAUUUUUUUAAAGUGAUUGACGUUCUUCUGACCCAAAAGCCAGGCUCAGGGCUUUGCCUGGUGUAUCGCGAGUAGGAAAGAUGUUGCCCUGUGGCGCUGCCGCCGCGUUUCCGUAGCGGGUUAACUCGGUGUCCUGCGGGUGGUCCCUUCCCGGGGAACACGAUGAAAGAGGCAGAAAUCAGGAGGCUCCUGGCUGCCAACCUCCUCUGUGCGCUGUCGAUUGUCCUGACGGCGGUCGUUCCGUCUUUCUUCCUGGAGGGAUUCACGGUGCUGGGAACGCACCUCACGUGGCUGUGUGUUUGUUCUGUCUGUGUCGGUACCCUUAAUGUAAUCUUGCACUUAGUCCUUAAACCAAGUCAGUCUCCUAAGAGAAGUUCGUUUGCUCAAAAGAUAUCCAGAUUUCUAAAAUGCUGUGUAUACUUUUUCAUGUCUUGCAUACUGUUUCAUGCGAUUAUUGUUCUUUAUGGAGCACCUCUCAUAGAGUCAGUUACUGAGACAUUUUUGUUUGCAGUUCUCCUGUCUACCUUUACUACUUUACAGUGCUUGUGUAUUCUGGGACCAAACAUACAAGCAUGGAUACGGGUAUUUAGUAAAAAUGGAGCUAUGUCCGUCUGGGAAAGCAGUCUACAGAUUACUACUGUGUGCAGUAUACUUGGAGCUUGGUUUGGAGCAUUUCCUAUUCCUCUUGAUUGGGAUCGGCCUUGGCAGGUAUGGCCCAUUUCCUGUUCCCUCGGAGCUACCUUUGGCUAUAUGGCUGGUCUGAUUAUUGCACCUCUGUGGAUACACUGGAACCGGAAGCAGCUUACAUACAAAAGCAGAUAACUGGAGCAAAGAGAGACAAGGUAUUUCUUUGUGCAGAUUCCAUACAGACUGUGCAAAAGUUGUUUUUUUAAGAUAUAUAUAUAUAUAUAUUUAUAUAUAGUCAAAGCAGAAGACUGUCCAAAUUCAGUUAGAGUAUUUCAGGCCAAGCAUCUCCACUCAUUAAAAUCACAUAGAUGCCGUUUCAGCAUGGUGCAGUUUUUGCUUCCUCUAGACUAUGUAACCCUGAGAGAUUGUACCUUCCAGUCUGAAUAAAAUAUUUGUAACAGGU